UUGGGAUGGAGGGAGCAUCUCUGCUGUGGCGGCUCUGGGCGACCUGGCUGCUCUGCUGCAGGAUGAAUCAAGCUGAUGUGACGGUGAGUCCCAACAGAUCUCAGCUGUUUACUGGAGAAUCUGCAUCUCUGAGCUGUGAAGAGAGCGACAGCUCUGCUGGAUGGACCCUGAGGAGAAACACGACCAGAGACACCAGGAUCCAGUGUGAGUCCUGGGGAAGACCUGCUGGUUCCUCCUGUACCAUCAAACACGUGGUCCAGUUGGACGCUGGAGUUUACUGGUGUGAGUCCAGAGAGGGAGCAACCAGUAACAGCAUCACCCUCACUGUCACUGGUGGAUCAGUGAUCCUGCAGAGUCCUGUCCUCCCUGUGAUGGAGGGAGAUGACCUCACUCUGAGCUGUCAAUCAAGGCCUCCCUCCAACCUCCCAGCUGCUUUCUAUAAAGAUGGCUCCCUCAUCAGGACUGAGUCUACAGGUCACAUGACCCUCCACCAUGUUACCAGGUCUGAUGAAGGUCUCUACAGGUGUAGCAUCAGCAGUCAUGGAGAGUCUCCACCCAGCUGGAUCUCUGUCACAGCUCCGCCCACUGCCUCAGCCUACAUUCACCUUUUCUUCCAUCUGCUGAUGUUCUGUCUGUACAUCAUCUCCACCAUCCUCUUGAUGUCUUCACAUAGACACGGAGCAACAGCAGGUCCUCGCUGAAACCCUGAGAACUUGAAGAACCAGCAGAAGGCCCAGAACAUUUCCCUGUGGAACUCCACGGAGCUUCAGCUCAUUCAGCUUUGAUCUUAAACUGAUUGGAGGAGCAACAUCAGAUCAAACUGAAAACUGUCUGCACAAGCUUCUUCUGACUGAUCACGUAUUCAAUAAACUUUAAAACUCAGUGUUGAAGUGAGAAUUUACAGCAGGAUACAAAUUUCAGUUCAUUCACCUCAGUUUCAUUCAGAAAUUUUAUUUACACAAAAAGUAAAAUGACAUUUAUACAAACUUUAACCCUUUAACACCCAGUAUUCUAUCCUAAGCAUGCAAGAUAACACAAAACAGCUGGGCUUUGAGCAAAGUUUUUACCAUAAAGUGAUUCAAUAGGUCUCAGAAACUGUGUGCAUCCAAUAUGAUAUGCAGAGUAUUAAAGGGUUAAUCUAUGGAGCUAGAAUAGGCACAAGUUUGGUAACUUCUCCAUGUUUGAAACAGUG